UUUAUCAUCAAGCAGGCCGCCAGCAUGGACUCAACUAAGGCUUUCGUGAAAUAUCAGCUGGGCUUCCCUCAAAUACUCCACUUGAUCGCAGUGCUCUGUCUUGUUGCCGUCGUUUAUAAGCUGACUAUCUUGCUCGCUCGAAGAAGAGUUUUGAUACAAAACAUGAACCUUUUUCCAGGACCACCGUCGCACUGGCUCUUUGGACAUGUGAAGGAGUUUAAAAUGGAUGGGACAGACUUACAAAAGUCUUUGAAAUGGGGACAGCAGUACCCUUAUGCUUACCCACUGUGGUUCGGUCCCUUUGUUUGUUUCCUCAACAUUCACCAUCCAGACUAUGUGAAAACCAUAUUGACAUCUACAGAGCCAAAAGAUAACCUUGCAUAUAAUUUUAUUAAGGCUUGGAUUGGUGAGGGCUUAUUGGUGUCUAAAGGUCAGAAGUGGUUUCGCCACAGACGACUCUUGACCCCAGGGUUCCAUUAUGAAGUUUUGAAACCCUACUUAAAUCUGAUGUCAGACUCUGUUAAAACCAUGCUGGACAAAUGGGAAAGGUAUGCAAACACCAAUGAGUCCUUUGAAUUGUUUAACCCUGUGAGCCUUAUGACACUGGACACUAUCCUGAAGUGUGCAUUCAGCGACAACAGCAACUGCCAGACCGAGAGUGGAACAAAUGAAUACAUCAAGGCAGUGUAUGAGCUCACUGAUUUGAUUAAACUGCGGUUCAGGACGUUUCCAUACCACAGUGACCUGAUUUUCAACCUCAGCCCACAUGGCUUCAGACAAAGAAAAGCAUGCAAGGUGGCUCACAGUCAUACAGAGGAAGUCAUACGAAAGAGGAAGGAAGCACUCAAGAAGGAGAAUGAUCUGGACUGCGUACAGAACAAGAGAAACAUGGACUUUCUGGACAUCCUUCUAGUAGCGAGAGAUGAGAACAAACAGGGUCUGUCAGAUGAAGAUAUUCGAGCAGAAGUGGACACCUUCAUGUUUGAGGGCCAUGACACCACAGCCAGUGCCAUGUCCUUCAUCCUCUACUCUCUGGCCUGCCACCCAGAAUACCAGCAGAGGUGCAGAGAUGAGGUCAUUCAGGCCCUGGAUGGAAAGGACACCAUGGCGUGGGAGGAUCUCAGUAACAUUCCAUACACUACAAUGUUCAUCAAAGAGUCCCUCCGGCUUUACCCUCCUGUACCAGUAAUAUCUAGAAUCACCACCAAACCCAUUACCUUUUUUGAUGGAAGGACUUUGCCUGAAGGAACUCUUAUUGGAACAACUGUGAUUGGGCUUCACAGGAAUGCAACUGUCUGGGAAAACCCUGAAGUCUUUGACCCACUGCGUUUUCUACCGGAGAAUGUUUCCAAGCGGCCUCCUCAUGCAUUCGUGCCCUUCUCUGCUGGGCCAAGAAACUGCAUUGGUCAGAACUUUGCCAUGAACGAGCUGAAAGUGGCAACAGCGCUGACACUGAAGCGAUAUCAGCUGAUUGAGGACCCGACGCAUAAACCAAAACUACUUCCUAGACUGGUGCUUCGUUCAAUUAAUGGUAUCUACAUCAAAAUAAAACCUGUAGACCCAUAAGUGAAAUUGGAAAUAACUGUAAGAAAAUAACUUGGGAAGUGCAUUGAUCAUGAGGAAACAUUCUCUAUGACUUGACGAAACCUUUAAACUAACAAAGAAUCAUGAACAGAUAAUAAUGAAGUGAUUAAUUGUUUAGUAUUUUAUCAAGUGUCUAAUGAUUAUUUACACCGGAACCUGUUUAAUGAGACAUUUAUCGCACUUCACAAAUGAAAAAGGAAUAUAUUUAUAUUUGUGAUCAUUAAAAUGGGAAACAUAAUUAACUGUUUCGUUUCAUCAUUUAUAAAUGCAUUAAUUCCUAUCUCAAAUGCUUUAGCUGAGCAUUGUAGAGAGUCUAUAGAGUGUGUUCGCUUGUCAUUUCGUUCAUUAAAAAGGUACUGAACUUUAA